GCCUAUUCACAUAAUUCAUCUUUCCGUGGUCAAACAAAAAUGAUUUCGUUACAGUCUUGGGUCCUCAUCUGCCUCGUUGGUAUUGCAGCCAUGAAGAUUAAAGAUUCGGAUGCAUCUAUGCCUGCAAUCCUGCCGAAUCAAACCGUCACUAGUGGAAGUACAGUGGAAAUCAAGGCUACGGACGACGCCGGUACGAAGUAUCGUUGGUGUUCAUUUGGCAUUUGGCAUGCCGAUGACUUCAAUCCAAAUCCAAAGAUAUUAGGUGUAAUUAACUAUAGCGGUAAAUCGGAUGUAACACAUGGCCCUGGGUAUGAUAGCAGGGUUUCAUUCUUUGGAGAUUUAAACGUUGGCAAAGCGUGGUUCAGGAUAACUGAUGUGAAAGAAGAAGACAGUAACCGAUAUGAAAUGCGCUGUUAUAGUAACCAGGGGAAGUUUUAUUAUCCAGCGAUGGAACUGAAGGUCUUGUCCGAUGAAAAGUGGGAACCUCUGGGCUGCUACUGGGAUAGCAUUGAUCGCGCCUUGUCGUUUUAUCACGGACAAAUCAAAUUCGAUGAUUCACCAAGAGGUUUCAAAAGAAUGUUUGAAGAGUGCAAAAACAAAACAGAGAAAAAAGGGUUUGAAUACUUUGGAAUACAGCACAAGACAGAAUGCUGGGGAUCACCUAAUGGACAAGAAAUAACCUACAACCUGCACGGUUGUAAAAACAACUGCUGGCGUCACGAUGAUGGAUUUGGAGUUGGAUCUAGUUGGUCCAACUUUGUCUAUCGCUUUAAAAAAGAUUUCGUUGAAGAUAAAAGCUCCAUUCCAGCUCAAGAAGAAACUAAAGAGUAUGGGGGCGAAGAAAUAGAGGACGCAAAGAAGACGCGAUGUUCAAAAUAA